AUGAGAGAUGCAUGUAUGUUACCCUUCACCAAGGAGCAAGUCGUCACGGCUGGUGAAUACUGCGAGACCCAUAGUUCGACGCUGCCAGCGCCAAUCCUCGCACAGAUCCAGUUCACCGAUAAGCUGUCCAAGGAUGAGGUUGUCAUGGCGCCCUCUCCGGCCCAGUGUGCCUGGUUGAUGAGCUUCGCUCAGGCGCUGGGGCCGAAACGAGUUCUUGAGCUGGGUACGUUCACUGGCGUCAGUGCACUUGUUUUCUAUGAGGCGACAAAGAAGACACAGGCAGAGAUCGUCAGCAUUGAUAUGUCGGAGACAUACCUCAAGUACGCCGAGGAUGCAUUCCGUCGACAUGGCACAACCGAUCGUGUCAGGACUGUCAAGGGACCUUGUCUUGAAAUGUUACCUACAUUGACUGGCCAGUUCGACCUGAUCUACAUCGACGCAGCGGAGGAGGAAUACGAAGCGUACACACGGUUCAUUCUGGACCACAAACUUCUUUCUCCCUGUGGAGUCAUCCUGGUGGACGACGUUCUCCUUGAAGGCCUGGUGCUCGACCGGUCCAUUGCCAAAAACUUCCCCAAGGAGAUUCAGGAGCCGUAUCUGGCCAUUGCGGACAAGAUGAAUGCUUUCAAUCGCUAUGUUGCCACGGAGCCUCGGGUCACGGCGACAAUGAUUCCCGUUUUCAACGGAGUCACCCAGAUCAUGUGGAAAUAG